AUGUUAAUAACGGCUUCUUCAAUCGUUGGUCACAUCUUGAUAAUAGCCUACGAGAUCUCCACAUAUUCGCAUUUGUGUAUUUCAUUGAAUCGGUUCUGUUCGAUUGUGGCUCCAGUCAGAUACGAGUCGAUUUUCAGCGCAUCCAACACCACGAAGCUCAUCAUAUUCUCCUGGACCCUGACCAUUCUUCCAUCAUUCUACCUCUACGUCUACAGUACCCGACAUCCCCAUUCCACCUAAAUCGUUUUAUCAAUUUCAGACGAUUGCAAGUACUCGUGGUCUCCAGAGUUCUGGCUAUUCGCGUUUUCCACCACACCGGUGUGCUUGACCAUCUCCUGGUAUGCGGAUUUUGUGAAGAUCAACGCGAUAGUUAUCUUGAUUGCGGUGAUCGACGUGGUAACCGUAUCGAAAGUUAGAAGUUAUAAGGCAAAGGUGUUCAAUGGAUCAUCCCAGUCCGCAAAAAAGACAAAUUUUGAAAUGAGUUUUCUCAAGCAGGCGUGCCUUCAGGCAUUUGUAUUCACGUGUGAGCUUGUCACAUACUUCCUGAUAACUCCCAGAAUUGAUCCAAACAAGAAAUGGAUAAGAUUUGCUCUGUCGACAGUUGCAUGGGCUUUGGUACAUACGAUAGAUGGAAUAAUCACAUUAAGCUUCAACAAGGACUUCUCACGAACGAUAUAUGGACGGAUAAAGAUAAAAGAUAGCUCAACCGUUAACAAUUGCAUCAACAGCGAUUCACCAAUCCCAAAAUGA